UGGUUUUAUUUAGUCUGUGGGUAAUUGUGGUCGUUGAUUGACGACUUUGAGAAAUAACAGCGAGUAGACGCAUUUUAUUUAUCGUGUUUGUGAUAUAAUUUAGUGUAAAAUGGCAAAAAGGAAAAAUAAACCUUUAAUAGACUCUGACUCUAGCAGUGAGUGCUCAGAUUUGGACUCACAAUUCCUGAAUUUAGCAAAGAAAAAGAAGAAACCCGAAGACUCCCCGCCACAGUCAAAAUCUAAGAAGUCUGGCUCAGGGUCUGACAGUGAGUCCGACUGGGACGAUGAUGACAACAAGAAGUCAAACUCUAAAUCCUCAUCCUCAUCGGGGUCAGACUCGGAGAGUGAUGCCAGAAGUGAUACAUCGAAAAAAAAAGAAGCCCCUCGCAGUACAAGGAAAACAUCGUCGGAGCACUCGGACGACAGCCAGAAGCGAGUGGAGCCUAAAAAGACAGAGACCAGAAGGAGCACUGACAGCGCAGAGUCAGCCAAGAAGAAGGACACAUACAGUGAGCCCGAGGAAGGUGAAGUAUCGUCACAUUCGUCAGAUAAUGAUUCCAUAGAUUCGGAAGAAGAAUUCGAUGACGGGUAUGACGAGAACCUCAUGGGCGAUGAGGAGGACAGAGCUCGCCUCGCCGCCAUGUCGGAGAAGGAGAGGGAGCAGGAGAUCUUCAAGCGAAUCGAGAGGAGAGAUCUCAUGAAAACCAGAUGGGAGAUCGAGCGCAAGCUGCGCCUGGCGCGUCGGUCGGCGGCGCUGGGGUCGCUGACCCCGGCCGACGUGGCCCGCCGCCGCGCCGCGCGCCGCCGCCGCCGCGCCGCCCGCGCGCAGGCACCGCCCCCAGACAAAGAGCCGGAGGUGGAGCCCCCGCCGCCAGCGGAGCCCGAGCAGGAGAAGGAACAACCCCCGCCCAGUCCCGGGGAGAUACUCGACGAUAAACACGACGCUGAUCGGUCGGAGCGCGCCGGGUCCCCGCAGUUCGGCAAGACGGAGCGCAAGCGGAACGUCGACGACAAGCGACAGAACGCCAUGGCCGCGCUGCGGGCGCAGAGGGACGCCAAGGCGACACGCGUCGAGCUCAGCAGGCAGCGCCGACGCCAGGAACAGUCGCACAAGGACAAGGACGACACCGACGACGCGGACGCGGAGAUCAUCGGCGGCACCAGCAAGCAGAGCGUGAAGCUGAAGGCCUCCGACAUAUACUCCGACGACUCCGGCUCCGACUCCGACGACAACAAGUCACAAGGGCGGCGCAGCUCGUCCAGCUCGAUGUCGUCGGGCGGCGAGGAGGACGACGCCAAGCGGGAGCGGGAGCUGGUCGAGGUCAAGUACGCAGACUCCAAGGACCAGAUCAACAAACUCAGGCUCAGCAGGUUCAAGUUGGAGCGCCUGGUGCACCUGCCGUUCUUCGCGCGCGUCGUCACGGGCUGCUUCGUCCGCAUCGGCAUCGGGAACAACAACGGGAACCCCGUCUACAGGGUGGCCGAGAUCAUAGACGUGUACGAGACGGCGAAGGUGUACAACCUGGGCAACACUCGCACCAACAAGGGCCUGAAGCUGCGGCACGGCACCCAGGACCGAGUCUUCCGGCUGGAGUUCGUCAGCAACCAGGAGUUCACGGAGAGCGAGUUCCAGAAGUGGAACAAAGCCAUCAAGGACGCCAACAAGAAGCCGCCCACCAUGGACUUCGUGCGGAACAAGAUACAGGAGGUCAAGGAGGCGCUCAUGUACGAGUUCAAGGAGGAGGACAUUGAGAAGAUAGUAGCGGAGAAGGAUCGGUUCCGGUCGCACCCCACCAACUACGCCAUGAAGAAAACGCAGCUCAUGAAGGAACGAGACGUCGCGCAACUCAGAGGGGACGACGAGACGGUCAUGGAACUGAACGCCAAGAUACAGGAGCUGGAGGAGCGAGCCAGCCAACUGGACAAAACCAGGACCUCCUCCAUACAGAGCAUCUCGUACAUCAACAACAGGAACCGGAAGCUCAACGUGGAGACCGCGGAGAAGGCCAUCAUGGAGGAGGUGAAGGCCAACAAGGGCAAGAAGGCGGACGACCCCUUCACCCGCCGGAGCACCAAGCCCGUCAUGAACUUCAAGUCCGGCGCCAGCAAGGCACAGGACGCGCGCAGCGAGGACGAGGCGGAGGCCCGGCAGCGGGACGCGGCGCGGGCGCUCAAGGAACUCAAGGACAAGGAACGACUCCAAGCCGCGGCCGAGCCGGCCAGCGGAGCCAGCGGGGGCGCGGCGGCGCGCGACGUACCGGGCGGGGGCGCGGCGCGGGGGCGGGGGCGGGGGCGCGGCCAGCCUGUACUCGCUGCACGACUUCGACAUCAGCAUCGAGCUGGACCUGCCGGCGCCGCGCCCCCGCCGGCCGCGCCCCGCGCGCCCCCGCCCGCGGCCCGUGACACGGGCCCGCGCCGCUCGCUCAACCUCGACGAGUACAAGAAGCGACACGGACUCAUAUGAUCGGACACUGUAUUGUAUACAUGAUUAUGUCACGUCGACGUGUCUUUGUGUGAUGUCUUAGUGUGAGUGUACAGACUGGACCUUAAAAAUGUUGAGUGUAACCAUACGCAGUGUGAGUGUCCACGAACCUUCCUUCCUUGAAUGCUUGCACUAACUUACACCCAAUAUUUUUGAUCUGAUGGAUCAACGACAGAUGGAGUGUCCCCUGUUACUAUUUCUCUACAAUCGAGUCCCCCUGUAUGGCCCGCAGCGGAGGACAGCAUACAAGUACAACAGUAACUGUCGAGUCAAAGCCUAUUGUUUCAUUUUCCGUCCAAUUUUAUUUGGUUAUACUACAGAUACAGUCGCCGUGUAAGCAAUAUUGAAUAUGUCGUGCAGUAAUACAACAGGGACACUCCUGAGUCGGUGUGGAGCUGAGACUUAGACUUACAAUGUAUGUAUAAUUACCUCCAAUGCGGCGGACGCCUGUUAGCCUUAAUUAAUAUAAGUAGUUGUUAUAGCUUAUUUAUUAUUGUUCCUGUUCCCGCCGGAACAGUUUUAGUAUUCCUUUUUAUUGUAUAUCGUAUAAAUUCAAUUUGCAAGAGCAAUAAAAAUGUAAGAAAAUGUAUUUAAUAAAUGAAUGAUAAGGAGCUAGACUAGUGGAAUCGCCAUGUGACACAAAUGUUGCAAAAUGGAACUACAAAAUAUAGUUCUCGAAUAGUUAUUGGUAAGCGCGCACUUCGCCCCGAUACAAAGUGUGAAAAUAUCUUUAUAGACAGUUUCCAAAACUACGACAUUGCGGACUGCGAGGCCUCGAGUUAUAAUUUGAUUGUGUUGCAGUAAUAUAAAUAGUGUAACGUGACGUGAGGCCGCGGUCGCGCCGUCCGACGUGUCGCAGCCGACAGUUCCUCGUGACAACUCGUGUUCAAACAUUUAUACCGUUGUAAUACUUAUGUACUUUAUUUAUUUGACUAUGAACAAAUUGAUAAUGGUUAAUACUUAAUUCUUGUAAAUGGAAGCUCAAAAGCUUAAAUAAAAUUUGAUAAAACAA